CCUCGUAAUCUGAUUGGCUGCUUUUGCUGCCGCCUCUUCCCGGCGAGACCGCCUGGACUCCGGCUGGACGGUAGCAUUGGUCUUUGGAAGGCUCCAGAAGAAUCGGCAAGCAGUAUGGCCUGUCACCAAAGCGGCGGUGCCCGGGAGGGAGGGCUGACAGCUGGGAACCCUAAGCACACGAUGCCACGGAGCGUGGUGGCCUGGCAGAGCAAGGCUGAAUGGGACCAAGUGAUGGUGGGGCUGUAUUGCGGGGACUUCCAGGCCCAGCGGGAUGCGCUGGACCGUGUGUCUGCCUGGAAGAGCAGGUAUGGGCACAGAAUGCCUUUGGCGGUGGAAUGCACUGCAGAUCUGAUUCGCUGUAAAAUCCUGGAUGCUUCUGGUGGACUGAAAUCCCACGAACUCGUCCUCACCUACGGCCUGGCUCUUGUGAGGUUUGUGAAUCUCAUCACAGAGCGGAAGCAGAAAAUUGUCAUCGUGCCUCUGAGACGGCUAGCUACAGAGGUACAGUCGGCUCCAGUGUCUUUAAAAUUAUAUCCUUUGUGGGGAUCCAAAUAGCAUUGACCACCGUUU